UACACCCUUCGUAUUAUAUACACUCACUGGGUCUUCUCCUCGAAGACUCGUGGUUGGUGUGUUCAUAUCGUCCACAUUAUUCAGAGUGCUGUGCUCGCACACAUGAUGCCCGCAUCCAUUUACUGUGCUCUCGCUCCCGUCAUCAAGUCAUCAUAGUCAUGGUUCUUUUCGACGCCGCCGUCAUCCUGGCUGGCGUCCUGUUGGCUGCCAAGAGUGGUGACACUACCUCCCACAUCCACUACUCGCACUAGGCCUUAACCUUCAACCGAAACUUGCAUGCCCGAGAACCUUUAGACAGGACUACUACCAAGGAAACCUCACUGCUCAAGCCCUCCCUGAGCUCCGUCCCACUGACUGGCAGCGCACGGAGGCUGAAAUGACGAGGGACCGCCGAGUCCACUCAGAUCUGUAGCUGUAUACUCUUUUAAGUAAGGACUUUGGGAUCCGAUCCGCUAAGCCAAAAAUUCUUCAUUCUCAGAGGGUUUUUUAGGAUAGAGGAGGCACGAGGCAGUAAGCCUUGGACAUAGUGAGUCACUUGGCGAGCGAGUGUCUUCUCUGAGUUUCCACCACUCACCCAAGCCUGAAGCCGCCCUCAAGGAGUGUCACACCAGAUACAUGCGUUUGGCGGAACGGGAGAGCGGAUACGUUCAAACGGCGAGACCUUCCACAUGAUGGUGAUGAUGACGACCAAGAAGCCGAGGAGGCAGAGUGCUUUGAGAGUGAGCACGUCGACGGCGGGUGACUCGGAGUUUGCGUCACUUUAGAAGUUGUUGAUUCAAGUCUCUAUUUGUGUUGGGUGUAGAAGCCCUUUUGCGGUUCCAUAUUGAGGGCCCAUCUGCAGUGAUCCUUUUGGGACUCGGGGCAUAUUAAGAACGGUUGCAUUGUGACGACAACACAUCGAACUCUUGAGAAUCGCCACUGUCUAAUUUAAGUGAUAUCCUUGUACAGCCCGUUUCCAUUUACCAACGAAGUUCUAUUUCGGAGCGUGGAAAUAAACUGCUCUUUUGUGAAUACUAGCCUCAGAGCUAGAGGACCUUUUGAAAAUAAAGGUGCGAGAUCGGCAGUUUCGGCGCAGGGGGAAACCCAUGAGGUCAUGAUGAUCUGAGCUUUCGUUGAUAAGCAAUCCCUCUGCUUUCCCAUUUUGUUCUCUCACCAACCUCCACCAUGUCCAAAAGCCGUUUGUUCCUCGAUAAAGGCAGUGGUUGGAUCCUACCUAUUGCCCAGAGCUACCAAAGACGCCGCCCCAAGCGAUCCACUACAACACGCCUAUUGACCUUCGUGGGAUUAACUAGCUUGGUUUUAGUUUAUUUAUCCGUUUCCCGUGGGCAUCACCAAUCUGACGAGAUCCAUGCACAUGCCGAGGCCAAUCUUCAUCGAAAACUUCUUCAACUUGGGGACGAAAACAACGAACUCGAGGCUAAUGGGUCCAUCACUCUCCAGUCAGCUGUGGCUGACGAUCCCUUAUUUCCCCCCGAAUUGUUCACCGUUGAUCAAUUAAGACAAGGGGCUGUGAUAUUGUACAUUAUUGGAAUAUUGUACAUGUUUUACGCCUUGGCCUUGGUGUGCGACGAAUUCUUUGUUCCAUCUCUGGAUGUCAUUGCCGAAAACCUUGGGAUCAGUCCGGAUGUGGCAGGAGCCACUUUCAUGGCCGCGGGGGGAUCUGCGCCCGAACUCUUCACUUCCGUCAUUGGUGUGUUCAUAGCCAAAAGUGACGUGGGUAUUGGAACCAUUGUGGGAUCAGCGGUGUUCAAUAUUCUUUUUGUCAUCGCUGCUUGUGCAUUCGCUGCUAAGGACGCUCUGAGCCUGACUGCUUGGCCCCUGGUCCGGGACGUGUUUUUCUACUCGGUCUCUCUAAUCGUGUUGGUUCUCUUCUUCUUGGAUGAAGAGAUCACGUGGUAUGAGGCCCUUAUUCUGUUCCUUUGGUACGUGGCAUAUGUGGGAUUCAUGAAGUUCAACGAAAGUGUGGAGGAUGCUAUGCGGAAACUGUUCCAGCUUCCCCCGAUCGAUCGCACGCACCACGUGCGCGGAGUCACCCUCAGAUCCGCUCACAACAGAAAGGGAUUGUUCCACUUGAUGAAUGAAACCAUCAAUCCAGGAAUAUUAAGAAAAACGAGAACCCAAACCUCGAAAGUGGAUGGCGAUGAAGACAAGCCGUUAAAUAAGGAAUUACCUGCAGGGGGACUCAUGAUUGGAGACCAAGCCCAAAUUGGAGGUGGGAUCUCUCAGCUUAAGACACACCUUCAGGACCAGGAAGGAUCCAUUAAUUUUGCCAAAACUCCCAGCGCUGAUACGGAAUUGAUGAACAUUUCCAAUGGUGACGAGAAGAACAAAGAGAUUGAAGAAACGAACGUUGAAGACGAAGAGGAAGAGGAGGGCGAGGAUCCCAUUGACAUGUCCUUCCCUCUGAAAGGUGGAUGGAAAGCCAUUCUCGUGUAUUUGAUUUCGUUUCCGAUUAUGUUCCCAUUGUUCCUAACACUUCCUGAUACCAAAAACCCAGCUAAGCGCAAGUAUUUCCCAAUCACCUUCAUCGGCAGCAUUCUUUGGGUGGCUGCUUACUCGUACUUGAUGGUUUGGUGGGCCACAACAGCCGGGAACACGCUUGGAAUUCCAUCAGACGUCAUGGGUCUGACCUUCCUGGCUGCGGGUACGUCAGUCCCUGAUCUCAUCACUAGUGUCCUGGUGGCUCAACAAGGCAAAGGCGACAUGGCCGUUUCGUCUUCGGUUGGAUCUAACAUCUUUGACGUCACUGUCGGACUCCCGGUUCCCUGGCUGAUCUACACGCUCAUCAAUGGACACGCAGUAGAGGUUUCGAGCAGCGGCGUGGGUUGUUCCGUGGCCAUGCUGUUUCUGAUGCUUAUUCUCGUCUUUCUAAGUAUUGUUGCAUUCCAGUGGAAGAUGACCAAGGGAAUGGGAAUGGUCAUGUUGGUGCUAUAUUUCAUCUUCGUGAUCGUUUCCCUUGGAUUUAGCAACAAGUGGUAUCAUUGUCCCAUCUAAAUCCACCCGCCGCAUAAUUUCAGUUAUCCAUCUCUUCUUUCCCAACCAUCUAUUAUUGAAACUUCCCUACAUAUUAUCAACGAAAAAAGGAACAAAGGGGAAGAUUCGUGGGUUCUGCUCCGGUGCUUUGAUGACGAUUUCAUAUUGGAAUUCACUUAUUUUUUGGCAGCUCACCAAACUCCAACCGGUCUCUUUUCCUUUCGCUCGAUCGUUCGUGCAUUCGGACGUGCCAAACCUAUGCACAAUAUUCAUUCGUGUCCAAAGCAAGGCUAUUCAAACCCACCACCCUCGAUCGAAACAUACCUGCAGCUCUCCUUCUCUCUACCUUUCUUUUGAUCUCCCACUUGUCUCUCUCUGUUUCUCUCUCUGUUUCUCUCUCUUUCUCUUCACCAUAUUAAUUCAUUUGGUUUUCCUGGUUUUCCCCUCCGAAUUAUACGAAUUUUACCCUUGUACGAGUACUCUUACAAUGUCUUCCCUGGUCCUUAUCAAAACACAAAUAACUCGGAUUUUGCUGUACAUACCCAAACUAGAUAUCAAUUGCCACCAAAUCGACGCAAAUCUAUAUAGACAAGAGUAGGAUUCUUUCAAGUGCAUAAAAAUACGUCAUAGUUCAUCUAAUGGAGUCUUUCGUCCAGAUUUCACUUCAAGCUAUAUACACACACUCAAAUCUUUCAAUUGAAAGGGGAUUGCAGGUUCGCUAAACCGUUCAUUUAUUCAUCAAUAAAAUAUCGUAAUUAGACUCCUGAGGUGCCCUGAAGAUCUUGAGAUGCUCCUUAGUACUUGGCAUUUGACAUUGUUCAUAAACAUUCAUUGAAGCCAGCAGCCUGAUCUGUAGGCCUCCUGAAUGCCGAAAAGAA